AUUGUUAAUUUCGUAACAGGGAAACCCCGUUAAUAAAAUAAACAUUGAUCAUUUGAUUUAAGAGGAAAUUUAUCAUUUGGAAAUUACGUUUACUCAUACAUUGACUUUAUUAGUUUCAUUCGCUCUCGUUGCAGAGCUCAUUCUGCUUCGCGAGACGUCAACGAGAACCGGUUCUACUUUGCUUAAACUCGAAACAUAAUAAUUAAAAAAAAGUCUUCUUUUCUUAUACAAUAACAACAAUGUACGCCAUUCGGAGAAUUGUGACAGCUAAUAUCACUAAAGAUCAAUGUGCGAGAUUAAAACAUACCCUACCAGAUUUACCUUACGAUUACAAAGCAUUGGAACCAAUAAUAAGUGCAGAAAUUAUGCAACUACAUCAUUCUAAGCAUCAUGCGACUUAUGUUAAUAAUUUAAAUGUUGCCGAAGAAAAGAUGAAAGAAGCUGUUGCCAAAGGUGAUGUAAAUACACAAAUUGCGCUUGCUCCUGCUAUAAAAUUUAACGGAGGUGGUCAUCUUAAUCAUAGUAUCUUUUGGGCUAAUCUGUCGCCCCAUGGUGGUAAUCCAGAUGGUACCCUUAUCAAACAAAUAGAAAAAGAUUUUGGUUCUCUCGAAGAGAUGAAGAAGCGUUUAUCAGAAAGUACCAUAGCCGUUCAAGGUUCCGGUUGGGGAUGGCUUGGAUAUGAUCAGAAAUCAAAGUCUCUCAGAAUUGCAACUUGUGCAAAUCAAGAUCCUCUUCAAGCUACAACUGGUCUCGUACCACUCUUUGGUAUUGACGUUUGGGAACAUGCUUAUUAUCUUCAGUAUAAAAAUGUACGACCGGAUUAUGUAAAAGCGAUUUUUGAUAUCGUUAAUUGGAAAGAUGUCAACGCUCGCUUUAAACAAGCAGCUGGCCUCUAAUUGGAUUAACAUAUGAAAAAAAGCGUAAUACGGCACAUUGAAAAUUAGUAUUGUGCACCAUAUAAAACUCUCAUCGAUUUUAAUAUUUUCUUUUUAUAUAAAAAAAGUCUGAAAUAUCUAUUGAACUGUUAUUAAUUUAUAGAAAUAUUGCAAAUAAUAUUUUAGGUAUUUAUCAUAUGCGUAUAUAAAUAUAGUAAUAGGAAAACAAAAAUUGUAUUUACUUAUAUACAAUUUAUGUACUUUUAUCAUUAACUUUAUAUGCUCUGUAUAAAAACAGCUAACAUGGAAAUUAAAAAAUAAAAUUAUUAAA